GGUGAAGACGUUGAGAUUACCAAAAAAUUUAGAAGCUCUCAAGAAUAUGGAUUUAAAACGACCUGUAAUCGAUUGUGUAACUCGGUGGGGAUCAACAUAUGACAUGUUAGAAAGUCUAUUAAGAUGUCAAAAUUUUUGUCAAGUGUUUGGUAGACAUCAAACGAGAUUAAACGUAGACAGUGAUUUUUGGACAUCUUUAAAUGACCUCAAAAAUGCCCUUGGACCAGCUGAAAUAACUAGUUGUGUAUUACAGGCUCAGCAAUUAUACCCAGGAGAUUGUUUACUUUAUUGGAAAAAAUGCAUUAUUCACACAAGAAAAAUAAGUAGGUACAAAAUCUAAGUAGUUGUUUUUUAUUUUAUUUUAUAUAUUUUUUAGAUUCAUUUAUUUCAAAUAGUAUUGUUGAAGCUAUGCAAAGACGAGAAACGACUUUAUUCGACUGUGAUAGUUUCAAGUUGGCUAUUUUUUUGGAUGGUCGUGUCAAUGUUUUAUUAGAUGAAAAUACACUAAGAGAAGCUAAAAAUCAAUUGAUACUAUUGUCAUCAGAAUUACACAACAUUGAUCCUGUUAUUAGAGAAGGGCAAUCUGUUUCAAAUAAUAAUAUUGAAACAGAUGAAGUAGAUGACUUAGAGCUUGAACUUCGUGCGGCGGCAGCUGACCGGAGUAGUGGUUUGGUUAGUAAUCAAGACCAAGUUGUAUUGGAUAUUCAAAGGGAAAUUGUAAAUUUUAUGCAACUUCCUAGGGAAGAUAAAAGUAAAAACAUUAUGGAUAUUUGGACAACACUUAAAAAAAUGUACCCAUUGAUGUAUGAAUGCGCUUUGGUUGCUUUAGCAUUACCAACUACACAGGUCACAGUGGAACGUCUUUUUUCCAGUUUAAAAUUCAUAUUGAAUGAUCAACGAAAUAGGAUGAACCCCUCUUUACUGGAAGACAUAAUGGUUGUACGGUCAAACUAUUUAUUUGACAAAAGUUAAUCUACCUACAGUAUAUAUUUAUAGUUUUUAUUGAUUAUUAUUUAUAAUUUUUUAUAGUAUUUAUUCAUUAUUAUUUAUUUAUAGUUCAAUUGAUUAUUAUUAUUUAUUUAUAUUAUUUAUUGAUUAAUAUUAAUUUACAGUAUAUAUUUAUUAUUAUUGUUAAUUAAUGUAUUA